CCUGACGGAGACCCGCAAGUGGAAAUGGAAGUGAACAUGCGUCUGUGGAUGUUACUGAGUCUCACUGCUGCCAUUGUGUGUGCAGGGUCUCCUAACUGUAGUUACCUGUCUCUGCUGGAGCACCUGGGGAUGGGAUCCAGCAGCUACAGCCUCUCAGCCGUCCGCCCUGUCAGGGACUGGAGGUCUCCCACCUUCGCCACCGUAGACCUCUACCUCUACGUCAUCAUAGAUGUGGAUGAGAAGUUCCAGAGCUUCACGACUGGAGUGAGCCUGUCUGCAUCCUGGACAAAUGAACUCCUCCGCUGGGACCCACUGGACUUCUGUGGCAUCCAACAGUUCAACGUCCCCAGAGAAUACGUGUGGAGACCGCACUUCACCAUCAUGGAGAGCAUUGAGACGAAGCAGAGCGGGGCAGAGCAAGCCUCCCAGGUUCUACUGAGGUCAGGCGGCAUGGUCUUCUAUGGAGACACUUACAAGAUCACCAGCACCUGCAACAUGGACCUGCACAAGUUCCCCUUCGACACACAGAGAUGCAAACUCACACUGUUGGCCCUCCUUACCACAAUUGACCAGGUGCGUCUGUUCCUGCCCUCCAACUCCUCGGAUGUGACGACGGGGUCCCUCACCGUGUUCCAGAAGCAGGGCGAGUGGGACCUCAUCAGCGUCCACGUCUCCAAGGACAACCUCACCAUUGGCCCCCGGGAAGUGUUGGAUCAGCUGGUGUAUACGAUCACCAUCACCAGGAAGCCCCAGCUGUACAUUAUUAACUUCCUGGUUCCUGUCUUGGUCUUCCUGGUUCUGGACCUAAUGUCCUUCUUCAUGAAUGAGUCCAGAGGGGAGAAGUUGGGCUUCAAGGUCACCAUCCUACUGGCCAUCUCUGUGCUGCUGCUAAUCCUCCACGAUAUCCUGCCCUCCACAGACAAGAAAACACCUGUUAUAGGAAUAUUUUGCACUGGGGUCUUCUCGUUUGUUGGCUGCAGCAUCGUUGAGACGAUCACGGUCAGUUUCCUGAUGCGUAUGGCCUCCAAGUGUGAUGCGAAGGCUCUUACAUCGAGAACCCCAGAGAAGAUGAAUGGGGAAGGGACCGAUCAGUCAGCUGACAGCACAGGAGUGGGGCAUCAUCUGGAGAGGAAGGAGGACGAUUCAUCUGUGCUGCACCUCAUCCUGGCUGAGCUGCAGGUGUUGCGAACACACAUGUCCUCCGAUCACCCAAAGCAUCAUGGGAAGAGCUGCCUGUACCUGAAGACAGCAGCCAAGUGGAUCAACGCUGUUUACUUCAUUCUGUAUCUCUGUGCUGCCACUGUUUUUCUAGCUUUGAUCGGCAAAGAGUGGUUUAACUAGCUGUGUGAGUAAAUAGAUUGAAAAAUAAAUAUGAACAUAAUAUAUCAAAUCUGUUCCUUAGCUCAAAAAGAGAGAGGGUGUUGGUGAAAAUUAGGACUGUCAGCGUUAAUGCGAUUAGGGACAACGCAUUAAUUUCAUAUCACAAAAUAUUCUAUUUUACACUGUCACUUAUUGUGUUAUCAACAAUUUGCUUUGACUGAUACUGUUUGACUGACACCUUUUGAUGCACUGUUUCAUGUCCUUAAACUGCCACAGACAGUUCCUGACACA